AUGGUUGGCAAUGUGGGUUUUGGGAGUGUUGGCAAAGAAGGCAAAGGCGGAAGUGUUAGCAAUGAGGGCAAAGGUGGCAGUACCGGCUUUGGCAAUGAGGGCAAGGUUGGCAAUGUGGGAAUGACUGGUAAUGUGGAUUUUGGAAGAGUUGGGAUAGUGGGAAGAGGUGAAAUUGUGGGCUGUGGGAAUGUUGGCAAUGAAGGUAAAGGCAGCAGUGUUGGCUUUGGCAACAUUGGAAAUGAGGGCAAAGGCGGCAGUGUUGGCUUUGGCAAUGAAGGCAAAGGUGGCAAUGUUAGUUUAGGCAAAGUGGGAAUGGAUGGAAUUGUGGUAUGUGGGAAUGUUGACAAUAAAGGCAAAGGUGGAAGUGUUGGAAACAAGGGCAAAUGUGGCAAUGUCAGCUUAGGCAAGGUUGGCAAAGAGGGUUGA